UUUGGGCUUUACGCAAAAGGAUCCAUAGGCUUUGAUCCAACGCGAAGAAAAGAGCGGGAAAAUGAAGAGAAACGAGAGAAAAGGCAGUUUUGGUCUGGGGGUUUUCCGAUUCUCAUGCCCAAAGAGCAGAGUCUCUCAGUGAAGAAGAAGAUAUGGAGUCAGCACUCAAGAAAUACUUUGGGUUUUCUGGGUUCAGGCCAUACCAGAAGGAGGUGAUUGAGAAAAUUUUAGAGAGAAAGGAUUGUUUAGUAGUCAUGGCUACUGGCAGUGGAAAAUCUUUGUGCUACCAGGUUCCUCCUUUGGUUGCUGGAAAGACUGCAGUAGUCAUUAGCCCUCUUAUAUCCUUAAUGCAGGACCAGGUGAUGGCUUUGAAACAAAGAGGGAUUAGAGCUGAAUAUCUUGGUACUGGCCAGACUGAUCACUCUGUCCAUAAUUCAGCUCAAAAUGGUCAUUUUAAUUUACUAUUUGUUACUCCUGAAAAGGCAUGCUCCCUUCCUGUCAGCUUCUGGUCAAGUUUGCUAAAGGUGGGAGUCUGUUUGCUCGCUGUAGAUGAAGCACAUUGCAUAUCAGAAUGGGGCCAUGAUUUCAGGGUAGAAUACAAGCAGUUGUACAAGUUGCGUAAUAUUCUUUUGGAUGUUCCAUUUGUGGGCUUAACUGCAACUGCUACUGCAAAGGUUAGAUUCGACAUCAUCAAUUCCCUCAAAAUGAAUGAUCCUUACAUUUCCGUUGGCUCAUUUGAUCGCAAAAAUCUCUUCUACGGAGUCAAGCAUUUUAACCGUGGUUCGCAAUUUAUGGAUGAGCUUGUUCAAGAGAUUUCGAAAUUUGUAGGAAAUGGUGACUCAACGAUUAUUUAUUGUACGACAGUAAAAGAUGUUGAACAGGUGUUCCAGUUGCUUCAGCAGGCAGGAAUUAGGGCUGGAAUAUACCAUGGCCAGAUGGGCAACAAAGCUCGUGAGGAGUCCCACAAAUCAUUUAUAAGAGAUGAACUGCAUGUCAUGGUUGCCACUAUUGCUUUUGGCAUGGGCAUUGAUAAACCUAACAUAAGGCAAGUGAUACAUUAUGGUUGCCCAAAGAGUCUAGAGUCCUAUUAUCAGGAAAGUGGACGAUGUGGAAGAGACGGUAUACCUUCUGUCUGCUGGCUCUAUUAUACAGGGAGCGAUUUCGCAAAAGGCGACUUUUAUUGUGGAGAAAAUCAGAGGAAAGCUAUUAUGGAGUCAUUGAUGGCUGCAAAGAAGUAUUGCACAAUGACAACUUGCCGAAGAAAGUUCUUGCUCGAGUACUUUGGGGAAAGAUUUUUAGCCGACAAAUGUGGAAAUUGUGAUAACUGCACUGUUUCAAAAAGGGAGCGCGACCUGUCUAAGGAAGCAUUCCUCUUGUUAGCUUGCAUCAAAUCAUGUAGGGGUAACUGGGGCCUCAAUUUGCCAAUAGACGUUCUUCGUGGGUCUCGAGCAAAACGGAUUCUUGAUAUGCAUUUUGACAAGCUUCCACUUCAUGGACUUGGGAAGGGUUAUUCAUCAAAUUGGUGGAAAGCACUGGCUAACCAAUUGAUCUGUCAUGGUUAUCUGAUGGAGACGAUUAAAGAUGUAUAUAAAUUUGUAAGUGUCCAUACCAAAGGAGAGAAAUAUCUAAGCUCUGCUAGGCCUGAUUAUCAACCACCUUUAGUUUUGCCAUUGACUGAUCAAAUGGUUGAUGAUGAGGAAUAUCAAUGCACAACAGGUGGAGUUGAAAAUUUUAAUAGUUUGGCGACUUUACAAUCUGAAAGUUUUUUAGAGGCAGAGGUACAGCUCUAUCAAAAGCUUUUGGAGGAGAGAAUCAAGCUUGCAAGAAGCAUUGGAACUGCUCCGUAUGCUAUUUGUGGUGAUCAAACAAUUAAACGAAUUGCAUUGACGCGACCAUCUACCAAAGCUAGGUUAGCAAACAUCGAGGGUGUCAACCAGCAUCUCGUUGCAAAGCAUGGAGAUCGUAUUCUUCAAUCAAUUAGGCAUCUGACGCAAGAGCUAAACCUUUCUUUGGAUGGAGAAGCAAGUCUACAAAUCACUGUUAAUACCAGGAAAGUGUGUCCGACACCCAACCUCCAGAAAACAUUGUCACCAGCUAAGUUUGAAGCUUGGAAAAUGUGGCAUGAGGAUGGUCUAUCAAUUCAUAAAAUAGCAAAUCUCCCUAGUAGACAAGCUCCUAUAAAAGUAGAAACUGUUUGUGAAUAUCUUCUGGAUGCUGCCCAAGAAGGACUUGAGUUUGAUUGGAUAAGAUUCUGUAGUGAGAUUGGACUAACAGGGGAAAUUUUCUCAGAUAUUCAAGGGGCCAUAAUAAAAGUUGGUUCUCGUGAGAAGUUAAAGCCCAUAAAAAAUGAAUUACCAGAAGAUGUAAGUUAUGCACACAUCAAGACUUUUCUGGCAAUGCAAACCAGUGGGAUGUCUCUGGAAGGGAUGCAACCUAGCCACCUGAGUCCGUCAAAGGAUGAUCCAGUUCAGAACAAGGUUCCUGCUAAUAGUGUAGAAAUAGCCUCUCUCACUACUGUCACAGAGAGAAAAGAACUAAAGCCUGAUCCUAUACAUGAUGAAGAUCUUUGCUCCCCAGAAAAACGCCAAAAAACCAUAAUAACAGAUGGAAGUUCUACUGCAUUGGAGGCAACAGAAACAUCCAUAUUAGACUUGCUUAAGAACUAUGAUGAAGGGGUUUCACUGUCUGAUAUUCUGAAGCACUUCAAAGGGUCUAGAGAGGAUUCUGUGAUUGAUCUGCUGAGUAGUCUUGAAGCUGACUUCAUGAUAUUUAAAAAGAACAAUCUGUAUAGGCUUUUGUAGUAAGCAAUUGCAUUAGAUUAAGAAAAGUAAUUUUGUACAAAAAGAUAUUUAUGUUUUCAUUAAUAGUUCAGAGGAUUUAAAUUCUGUGUAGUAAUUGACAAUAUCUUUGCCUUUGGAAAAAGAAAAGGUAUGUUCAUAGCUCCAA